AUGGAUGAUUAUUUGGAUAUGGAUUAUAUGGAUGACAACUAUGAUUUUUUAAAUGGACUAGGCAGAGCACGGAAGACAUAUAAAAGAAAUAAUUAUAUAAAUAUUGACCCUAUUAAGUUUUACUCGGACAGUGAGUUUUGUAGGAGGUUCAGAUUAACCAAACAUGUAUUUUUAAAUAUUUUGAUGCCUAUGAUAUUUACUGAACAAGAACGUAGAAUCCAUACAGAUCUGAGAGGAUUACCUGUGAACAAAAUGUGGAAAGUUCUGAUAGCAUUAAGGUUUUAUGCGACUGGAUGCUACCAAUUGGUUAAUGGGGAUAUGUUUGAGUUAAGUCAGUCAACUAUCAGCCGAAUUAUAAAAGAUGUCUCUUUGAGAAUAGCAAAAAAUUUAAGGACUUGGGUUAAAUUUCCUUUACCUAAUCAAGUAGAAAUUAUUCAACAAAAAUUUUACCAAAUAUCUAAAUUUCCGGGAGUUACAAUGGCUAUGGAUUGCACACAUAUACCCAUUAGUAGUCCAGGAGGUGAACAAGCGGAAUAUUUUCGGAAUAGAAAAGGAUGGAUGUCAUUCAACGUUCAGCUAAUAGUAGGACCUGAUAUGGAAAUUUUUGAUGUUGUGGCCAGAUGGCCUGGAUCUGUGCAUGAUUCAAGAAUUUUUCAAAAUAGUAGAGCAUUAGAAUUAAUGGAAAACGGGUAA